AUGUUAGUAUUUCUACUCUCAGUGGUAAUUGCUUCCACCACUGCAACGUUAUUGCGUUGCUCGGAGCAAUCUUUUGACGCAUUUGGCGGUGUCCUGCCCAGUGGUUUAUCAAAAUCCAAAUACUCCAUAUGUUCGGACGGUGUAGUGCACGAAAUAGCUUGUCCUCAUGGAGAUCAUUUUGAUUCGGCUUCUCAAAAGUGUAUCACGAGUCACGAGUUUGAGCAACAGGCAGUAAUGGAAUCUUAUUUCGAAUUCGAAGAGUUGUGCACGAACCCAAACGAGGUGCAGUUUCUACCAAACCCUACGAACUGUACUCAGUACAUUAUCUGCUACGGUCUGGUGGCAAUCCAGCAAAGCUGUGAAUAUGGUCUACUUUUCAACCCCGAGCUAGGAUUGUGUGACAUCCCCAGCAACGUGGUAUGUGGAUACAGCUGCCCAAGGGUCGAUGAUCCCGAAAAUCCAGUGUGGCUACCGGAUGCAAGAUUGGAAGAUUGCUCAAGGCAUUAUCUGUGUUUUCAAGGAAAUCCGAUUCAAUUCUUUUGUCAGAAUAAUCUAUACUUUGAUGUGAUUUCAAAUACGUGCACCUAUCCACAGUAUUCCGCUUGCAGUAUUCCGGGAGUGUACUGUGAUGCGCUUCGUACCGAAAACAUUGAAAAUCCCAGGAGCUGUACGUCGUACUACACCUGUCUGGAAGGAUUUCCACAUUUCAAGAGCUGCGCCAACGAUGAAUACUUUUCGACAGAAAUGGGUCGUUGUGUCGUCGGUUCAUGCCCGCCACAGGUUGAAACGACAACACAACCGUUGCCGACGACACCAACCGGUAUAACUUCUACUAUUGAUUUGAAUACAAGUACUACCAGCUUUACGUCUACUACAGAUAUCAGUACAAGCACGACCAGCUUUACUUCCACCGUAAUUUCGACUGAACAAUCGACCACAGAAUUAUCUUCUAAUCCCACACUAUCGACUCCAAUCAUAACGAGUACGGAAAUAACGACGGAAUUUCCUACACCAACGAUGACUACCCCAGGAGGGGAAACAACUCCUGCAGUAACGACCGUUGAUGCAGGCUCUACAACUGUUGAGGUACUUUCUACAACAUUGGACACUACCUUGGAUAGUACAGUUUCUUCGACGGAAGCUAGUACAACAACAACUGAGUCUGGUUCAACAUCAGAUGUAUCCAUAACAACUACAGAAGAUGGUACAACUGCUUCAACUUCUGAAAUCCCCCUCACUACAGGAGAUGUGACAUCUACUGAAUUUAUCUCCACUACUGUAAGUGUACCAACUAUUACUCUACCAUCUACAACAGAAUCUGGCAGUACCAUCGAAGUAACUAUAAGUACUACUACAGAAGAUCCGUUCACAACUGUAGUAACGCCAACGAUAGAGUCUUCGACUGCAACAGAAGUUGGUACCACACCCGAAAUAACUAUCAGUACCACUACGGAAGAUCCAACUACAACAGAAACUACUUUCACUACUGAAGUAACACCAACAGUAGAAUCUUCGACUGCAACAGAUGCUGGUACUACAGCCGAGGUAACUAUCAGUACCACUACGGAAGAUCCAACUACAACAGAAACUACUUUCACUACUGAAGUAACACCAACAGUAGAAUCUUCGACUACAACAGAAGUUGGUACAACACCCGAAGUAACUAUCAGUACCACUACGGAAGAUCCAACUACAACAGAAGCAUCUACAACAGAAACUACAUUUACAACUGAAGUAACGCCAACAGUAGAAUCUUCGACUGCAACAGAAGUUGGUACAACACCCGAAGUAACUAUCAGUACCACUACAGAAGAUCCAACUACAACAGAAGCAUCUACAACAGAAACUACAUUUACAACUGAAGAAACGCCAACAGUAGAAUCUUCUACAACAACAGAAGCUGAAAUUACUACAACCACUUUACCAACAACUACCAUUGAUCCGUCUGAGUUCUGCCAAGGAUCCGGCAAUGGAGCGUUCCCGUACCCUGGAAACUGUUACCAAUAUAUAUUGUGCCUCAACGGUUCCGGCAUUAUAUCUGAGUGUGCCGAGAACCAAAUUUUUAAUGCAACUCAGCGAGUUUGCGUUCCUGGUGAUCGAAGCACCUGCUCCUUCCUAUAA